AUGGGGACAGAUAUUGAUUCACAAAAUGGAGGAAAUAAUUCCUAUGUGGAAGCAGUUGUAAGACUCUCAGCUAUCAUCUGGCAGCACGAAAGAUUCCCAUGGUUGUGGAUAAAACCUAUUUGGUACUUGACAGGUCUCGGGUAUGAAUUUGAUCGUCUAGUCAAGCUGACAACUGAUUUCACACGAAAUGUCAUCGCUCAACGAAAAAAGGAAAUGGACUAUCAGGAAACACUGAAUGAGAACCAUGGAACAAAGCAAAAAGCAUUCUUAGAUCUCAUGUUGUUUAUGCAGAAAGAGAAUAAACUGAGUGAUGAAGAUAUUCGAGAAGAAGUCGACACCUUCAUGUUCGAAGGACAUGACACAACAGCUAGUAGUAUAGGCUUUACUCUUUGGUGGUUAGGUCAGAAGCCUGAAUGCCAUCGGUUGGUUCAAGAGGAAGUUGAUCAAAUAUUCGGUGAUUCUGAUCGCAUGCCAACAACGGAAGAUAUUAAGAAAAUGAUUUAUCUGGAGAAAUGUAUUAAGGAGUCAUUACGGUUGAUGCCCUCAGUCCCACUACUUGCUAGACGUUUAGAGGAAGAUGUUGAUAUGAAGUAUUGUACUCUGCCCAAAGGAAUGACUGUUGUUGUGGCGCCAAUGGCUUGCCAACGAGAUCCUCGAGAAUUCGAGUUUCCGGACGAUUUUCAUCCAGAACAUUUUGAUUUUGAAAAGACAGUCAAAAGAGAUCCUUAUUCAUACAUUCCAUUUUCCGCCGGACCACGUAACUGUAUUGGUCAAAAGUUUGCAAUCUUGGAAGAGAAAAUAGUUCUCUCGUAUGUUCUCCGAUAUUUCAAUGUUGAAACAGAAGUUCCGGCACCUGGUAAUAGACCAAUUCCGGAAAUCAUUCUGAAGCCAACGUUAGGCUUUUCUCUCAAAUUUACAAAUAGAAAAGAAUCUGUAUCAUGUUGA